GGUGGACACAGUUUGCUUUUUGACGAAAGAGCCCGGAAUGACACAUCUCCAUGUUUAUACAUGUCUUAAUUUAAUUUUUUUUUAACCGCUCAAACAUUUUAUUUUAUUACUUCUUUCGUCUAGAAGGACGCGUGUUUUCACGCGCUCUCCGGGUGUGAAAUCGAGUCAACGCGUUAAAUCACUGAGAAGAGUAAAACAGGAACUCCUCGCAGCCAGUAUAUCGACUGUCUGUAAGUCAGCUUUGUAUUUUUCUCUCUCUUUAAAUUCCUGCUUCCGUGGUCCUCUGCGUUCAGACCACAAACACAGCGAUGCCAGAGACGACGCAAGAGACGUGCGCUUCGGCCAAGGACUCUCCUUUCUUCAUUAAGAACCUGCUGAACUGUGAUCGCAAACCGUCCAAACCCAAGCCCGUACUGGCUGCAACCAAGCUGGCUUUGGAGGGAGGAUUUUCCCUUUCCCAGAUCGGGGACUUCAGCUUUCCACGCUUUGACCUGCCCGCACAGAGGUUCAGUCUACCGGCUCACUACUUGGAGCGCACCUCGGCGUGGUGGUACCCCUACGCCCUGACCUCAUCCACCCACCUACACAGAACCGAAGUUAUCGACAAACUAGGAGCCAGAGACUCCUCUCCAACCUCAGGCACGGACAGAGACUCGCCGGACCUGGUUCUCAAAUCCGAGCCAGACGUCAAAGACGAUGAAGAGGACGAUGAACACAACAACAACAAAAGUGGCGACGAGAUAAUCCUGGAGGAGAGUGACGCAGAAGAAGCCAAAAAAGACGACCUGGAGGAAUGGAGGAAGAGGGACGACGACAAGAAGCCGUGCCGCAAGAAGAAGACGCGCACGGUUUUCUCCCGGAGCCAGGUGUUUCAGCUGGAGUCCACCUUUGACAUGAAGCGAUACCUGAGCAGCUCGGAGCGGGCCGGCCUGGCCGCGUCUCUCCACCUGACGGAGACUCAGGUGAAGAUCUGGUUCCAGAACAGAAGGAACAAGUGGAAAAGGCAGCUGGCCGCAGAGCUGGAGGCGGCCAACCUGAGCCACGCCGCGGCUCAGAGGAUAGUCCGGGUGCCCAUCCUCUACCACGAGAACUCGGUCUCGGAGAGCGGAGGCAUCGGUGCCAACGUGCCCGUGAGCCAGCCGCUGCUCACCUUCCCGCACCCGGGCGUCUACUACUCCCAUCCCAUCGUCACAUCCGUGCCGCUGCUCAGACCGGUUUGAAAAUAGCUGAGUCUUGCGGCACAAGUUGGUGUAGAUUUUCAAAAUCAUCCGAAAAGUAAAAAAAGAAAAAGAAAAAAAAGACUUCAUAUUUUUGUACGACUGACUGAAUGAAGAAGAAAAAAGAAAGAACAGAGACACACUGUCGGGCCUACAUGGACCUAUUUUGGCAAACAUAUUGUGUAAUUUUUCAAAAGGGUGCCGUUUACACGUGAUAAAAUAAAAUCCCAUGUUUUAUAUUAUUAUAAUUAUUAUUAAUAUUAUUAUCACAGGCCUAUGUAAUUAUCACCUCAGGAGUCCACCAUGCUUACACUGUUUAAUGUGUGUCUUUUCUUUUUUCCCCCUCUAAUUUUUACACAUCUACUGUUUCUGGACCAACUCCACAGCAUUUUUUUUCACAUUGUUUAUAAAAAUUGGCGGCCUAAAGGCGCGGGCCUGCUUAUCACCUGACAACAUUAUUUGAUCUUAUUUACAUUUCCAGAAUACACCGAAGGUGUGCUGUGAAUGAAUGCAUCCACUAAACGGAAAACAUGUUUUAUCAUCGGUGGAAUAUUGAUGGGGCUUUGUUGUAAUUUCCCUUUUUUUUUGCUUUUUAAAGCGCUUGACGGGGGACAAUCAAAACACUGUCAACUGUAAAAUACUCAUGUUGCUUUAUGUUGAGUUUUAGUGAGUCUCACUCUUGUUUCCUCUGAAUGGACACGAGCACAAGUGUGAGCUCCCAAUGUCUCUUAAUCUACUGUGUGUUUUUGAACAGGAGCGGCAAAAAAAAA